CCCAAGAUGGACAUGAAAGAUCAACGGGAUGUCUUUACAAGUGAUGCAGUCACACAAAUUCAAGGAGAAAUGGAAAAAAGUGCUGCUGAAGGAGUUGCAAAGAUAAAGGAGUAUUUGGAGAAGCAGAAGACCCCUCCACUAAACAUCGCCAUCACUGGAGAAUCUGGCUCUGGAAAAUCCACCUUCAUUAAUUCUUUCAGAGGCAUAAACGGCAGCGAUAAAGGAGCCGCCCCGACUGGAGUUGUAGAAACUACAGCAGUGAUCGAAUCGUAUCCUCAUCCGAACCACCCCAAUGUCAGACUAUGGGAUCUCCCUGGUGUUGGAACCCCCAAGUUCCCAGCUGAUAAGUACUUAGAGCGGGUUGGAUUUGAGAGGUUUGACUUCUUCAUCAUCAUCACAGCCUGUCGCUUCAAAGAAAACGAUGUGAAACUCGCUCUGGAGAUCAAGAGGAUGGGGAAAAAAAUCUACUUUCUUCGUUCAAAGAUUGACAGUGAUAUAAGCAACGAGGAAAGAGGAAAGAAAAAUUUCAACAGACAGAAGACUCUCGACGAUAUCAGAGAAAACUGCAUUAAAGGUCUUCAUGAUCAAGGCAUUGAGGCUCCACAGGUCUUCCUGGUCUCCAGCUUUGAGGUCCACCUGUUUGAUUUUCAUUUGCUGGAGAAGACAUUAGAGAGAGAGCUUCCUGCACCCAAGAGGAACGCUUUUCUCUACGCUCUGCCCAAUAUCAGCAAGGAGAUCAUCAAGAAGAAGAAGGAUGCUUACCAAGCACAAAUCAAGUAUCACGCUUUGUUGUCUUCAGGUGUGGCAGCUGUACCGGUCCCGGGACUUUCCUCUGCUGUUGAUCUGGUCUUGGUCGUAGGCAUUGUCACGAAAUACGUGAACGGGUUCGGGCUUGAUAAGGAGUCACUGAAGAGGCUUUCUGACUCCUCAGGUGUGCCAUACUCUGAGUUUCUUUCUGUCGUGACUUCAAAACUGGGAGGAACAACAAUCACCCCAGAGCUCAUCAAGAAGCUGUUGAGCCAACUUGCACUGGAAGGAACAUUAACAGUUGCAGAGGAAGUAUCCAGAUUCUUUGUUAUUAUUGGGACUCCAGUAUCAAUGAUCCUCUCUGGUGUUUCCACUUACAGAAUUCUGAAUUUUUUGCUCGACCUGGUUGCUGAUGAUGCUCAGAGAGUGUUUGAAAAGGCUGUUGCAAAAACCUGUGAAGUGUGAUUCU